AUGGGAUGUUUAUUACUACUACUGCUUCUCUUGGUAAGCACUGUAGACGGAGUUGCAAGUGCUUCGUGCCUCAGCAGUCAAGCCUCCAUUCUGUUGCGUAUCAAGGAGGAUCUCCAUCUAUCCAAUGGAAGGCUAAGUUCAUGGGGUGGAAAUGGAAAUGAGUCUGACUGCUGCUUGUGGGAGGGAGUAGAGUGUGAUUCCCACACUGGAUACAUCAUUGGCCUUGAACUUGAUGCUACAAUUGAUAUUGAUAUUGCAGGGUCAAGAAUACCUCCUGCUCUUUUUGAUCUCCACCUGCUCCAGCACCUUGACCUCAGUGGUUGUGACUUCAAUAGUUCUACCAUACCUUCACAACUGGGUCAGCUCACCCACUUGACUCAUCUCAAUCUCUCUAGAGCUUGGGUUUCGGGCAAGGUACCAUACGAGAUUUCAAACUUGUCUAAUUUGGUUGCUUUAGACCUUUCCCCUCUUUUGGGUGGCUUGGAAAUACAAGAGGAUCUGGAAGGCUUCGUGGGGAACUUUAAGCAAUUAAAAUACCUCCACUUGAAUUUUGUCAUAUUCAAUCUCCGCAACUCGCAAGAGUGGGGAGCCAACUUAGCAUCGGCAUUGCCCAAUCUACGGUCCCUUAGUUUAGUUGGUUGUGAUCUUGAAGGAAGCCUCACUCCUCAUAUUUUCAUGCUCCCACAUCUUCAAGCUCUUGAUCUAGCAUACAAUGAGCUACAAGGGGAAUUAAUGCCAUCAUUUUUCCCUUCAGAGAGCAAGCUUCAAUCUUUAAGGCUUAGUCAGAACAACUUGUCCGGCCACCUACCGAUUGAAAUUUUUGAACUUCCUCACUUGAAGGUUCUUGAUGUGGAAGGCAAUGACUUAUUGAGGGUUUCAUUACCUACCAAAUUACCAACAAGUAAGCUCGAAAUUCUUAAUCUUGGUGGCAUUGAGCUCUUAGGAGACCUUUUUCGUGUUUGGAUUGUUAAUCUGACAUCCUUAGUACAGUUAGAACUUUCUUAUACCAAUCUGUCAGGCAGUCUUCCUUUCUCAAUAGCAAACCUCACAGAUUUAACUCACCUGGAUCUAAGUCAGACUAGAUUGUCAGGUUGCAUAGACUCUUUAUUGUUUGCCAACCUCACUCGACUAACUUACCUUGACCUUUCUAAAAACACUUUCAGUGGCCUCUUACCAUCUUUACCUCACUCUAUUCGUAUUGUCAACCUCAACAAUAAUAAUUUUGGUGGCCCGAUCCCAAAUUCAUACAAUCUUCUUAAUAUAGAAAAAUUGGACCUUUCUUCCAACUCCUUUGUAGGGCCUUUUCCUUUUAGUUUAUUUCAAGGACCAUCUUUUGCCCAAUCUCUGCUUGAAGACCUUGACCUUUCAAACAACAAAUUUGAUGGCUAUCUCGACCUUGGAAUUUUUACAAACUUCAAAAAGCUUCGGUCAUUGUCACUUUCUCGAAAUAACUUGACUGUAGGCAUUGACAACCCCACUCUUAAGUUUUCAAGACUACAAGACUUGAGCUUGGCCUCGUGCAAUAUCAACCAGUUCCCUCGAUUCCUUCGUCACCAGAUGCCCAUGGAUGGUUUGGACCUUUCGAAGAACAGGAUCACUGAGGAAAUUCCGCAAUGGUUAAAUACUUUCGGCUAUUUGAACAUAUCCCACAACAUGAUAACAGGCUUUGUACCAGGGACUGUUCUCAACGGUGAUUUAGUUGAUUUGAGCUAUAACAUGUUGAAUAGCCUUCCAAAUUCUCUAUCUUUUAAUUAUUUGCAGUCUUUUUCAAUCAAGAAUAAUAGUGUGACAGGAGAAAUACCAGCUUUCUUGUGCAACCUCACUGAACUUGGGGUGGUGGACUUCUCAAACAACAAGUUCAGCGGCCAGAUACCUACUUGCAUCUUUAACAUGAGUUUGGCGAAUGUCCAUCUCCAGAACAAUCAAUUGCAAGGACAAAUCCCAGAGGUUACUGGCAAGGCAAGAGAUUCAUUGGAUAUACUGGAUUUAAGUGACAACAUGUUAGAAGGUCAUAUCCCUAAAUCCCUUGGUCACUGCAAAUGGCUUGUGUUCAUAAAUUUAGGGAAGAAUAAAUUAAGUGGUGACUUCCCUUCAUGGCUUUCGAAGCUGCCAAAACUAAGCAUUCUCGUGUUAAGUUCCAACUUUCUAAGUGGUGCUAUUAACUUCUCUUUUGACAAGACUGCUUUCCAAGGACUGCUCAUGCUUGACAUCUCCACCAAUCAAUUUAGUGGAAAAUUUCCAAUGAGCUUGUUGUUAAGUCUCAAUGCAAUGAAGACUUUCGACAUCUCCCAUGCUCUUUGGGAUGUGGCUCUUCUUAAUGAUUUUGGUACAAAAUGGGAAGUGGCAAUGACAAUCAAAGGAGAAACAUUAAGUUACCAAGAUGAAAAUUUGUUCCUCAUGAACACAAUUGACCUUUCCAACAAUUACUUUGAGGGUGAGAUUCUUGAAGAGAUUGGAGACCUUAAAUGGCUCCAAGCACUAAGAAUUUCGAACAACAAGCUUAAAGGGUCAAUUCCUAAGAAUUUUGGUGGCCUCCAACAACUGGAAUCAUUGGAUCUAUCUCAUAACCACCUUUCAGGUGAAAUACCAGAAGAACUUUCUAAACUGAAUUUUCUUGAGUACCUGAAUCUCUCAUAUAACAACCUUGCUGGAAGAAUCCCUCAAUCACCACAAUUUUCCACCUUCGAUCAUUGGAGCUUCGAAGGGAAUCCAAGUCUCUGUGGCCCUCCACUCUUGCUUGCCUGUGAAGCCAAUGAGAGCACCACAUCUAUUCCAUUUCUUGUACUGAAGCAAGCAAAUGAAGAGAGAAUGUGGAAGAACACAUCGGUGGCACUAGGUUUUGGUGUAGGUUUUGGCACAGCAAUAAGCUUCUCAUUUUUUCUGAAUAAUGGAAGGGGCUUCGAUAUCUUUUGGAGAAGGUGCUACUGUCCUUGGGCUUAA